AUGACUAUCAGAGGGACUGAUCCUACUGAGCACCUAGUGAGCCUACCAUACAUCAUCCUCAUGCCCGUAGUAGCACUGGCACUCGUAGGCAUCAACCUACUCAUAGCCACCUCCAACGGGUACACCGAGAAGGCCCAGCCCUUCGAGUGUGGGUUCAUCUCCUUCCUCCAGUCCCGAGCCGCUUACAGCGUUGGCUUCAUCCUCAUCGCCAUCUUGUUCCUCCCCUUCGACCUCGAGAUCUCAUCUAUCUUACCCUACACUCUAGCCAGUGCAUCAUCCUCAGUCUACGGUCUAAGCACGCUGAUAGCGUUCUUGACCCUCCUCGUGAUGGCCUUCAUCUUCGAGAUCCGCCUAAGCGUGAUCAGACUGACACGCUUCUAUCAGAGGGCUGCAGAGACUGAGACUGACUAA